GUAACCACCGCCUCUUUCUCCAACUGCACUGGGACAGAUUUAUGCUACAGCUUUCUUAUUUAUGAGCACCAGUCCACCCUGUAGGACCCUUCUAGGUCGUUGUGGCCGCAUAAAUGAAGUGUGAAGACGACAUGGGAGUCCCCGUGUACCCGAGAUGACCGAUGAUUUGGUCCGAUAAUCACUUCUUUUUGUCGCCAGAGAGGGAAACUUAAAACAAGGCUUGUUUUUGGAGUUCCACCUCCCCUCCUCUCUCCCCGUAGGAUUUGAUUCAAAGGCGAAAACCAAGAUGGCCGCCGAUUCCGUGCAGGGGGAUGCCAGGGGCCAGAUGGUGGCGGAGCGACUAGGUCUGGGACACAACCUUGACUUGUCUGACACCAUGGUCCAACAGAAACUGGACGAGAUCAAGGAGCAGAUCCGCCGCGAGAUCCGCAAGGAGCUGAAGAUCAAAGAAGGAGCCGAGAACCUACGAAAGGUGACCACAGACAAGAAGAGCCUGGCUUAUGUUGACAACAUGCUGAAAAAAUCAAACAAGAAGGUUGAAGAGCUUCACCAAGAGCUGCAAGAACUCAACGCCCACAUCGUGGUCAAAGACCCUGAAGAACUGCUAGAAUGCCCUAUGACUCCAGAUACCCCAAACAGUGAGGCAAGAAUGUGCACGAGCAGCAGCCGCCUGGCCGCCCUAAAGAGACAGAAUGACAUCGAGCUUAAGGUCAAACAGGGAGCAGAGAACAUGAUUCUGAUGUACUCCAACGGACCCUCAAAGGAUCGUAAACUUCUAGCAACCGCACAGCAGAUGCUUCAGGACAGCAAGACAAAGAUCGAGUUCAUCAGGAUGCAGAUCCUCAAGGCCAGCCAGGCUAGUGAACUGAGCUUUGAGAGCAAUGAUGUGAUGGACAAGCCCAUCAUCAGCCCUCUAGACCUCCGAGUGGAGGAGCUUUGUCACCAUGCAAAGAUAGAGUCUGCUGUCGCCGAAGGAGCCAAGAACGUCAUGAAGCUCCUGGGCUCAGGAAAAGUCACAGAGAAAAGAGCACAUUCAGAGGCCCAGGCUCGUUUCAAUGAGUCCAGUCAGAAGCUCGAUCUCCUGAGAUAUUCUUUGGAGCAACGCCUCAACGAGCUGCCUAAAAACCAUCCUCGCAGCAUUAGCAUCAUCGAAGAGUUGUCUCUGCUGUCGUCUCCGGCCCUCAGUCCCAGAUCCAGCAUCAUCUCCACACAGAACCAGUACAGCACCGUGACCAAGCCCGCUGCACUCACAGGCACGUUAGACGUCAGGCUCAUGGGCUGUCAGGACCUUCUGGAAAAUGUCCCCGGUCGUUCCAAAGCUGCAUCUGUCCCACUGCCGGGCUGGAGCCCCAGCGAGACGAGAUCAUCCUUCAUCAGCCGAGCCAACCGAAACCGCGGUGUGAGCUCACGAAACCUCACAAAGAGCGAGGAGCUUUCCAAUGAAAUCAGCGCAGUGUUGAAGCUCGACAACACGGUAGUCGGCCAGACGAGCUGGAGGCCGGUCAGCAACCAGGCCUGGGACCAAAAGUUUACAUUGGAGCUAGACCGGUCUCGUGAGUUGGAGAUCUCGGUGUACUGGCGUGAUUGGCGUUCACUCUGCGCUGUCAAGUUCCUGCGGCUGGAGGACUUCCUGGAUAACCAGCGUCACGGGAUGUGUUUGUACUUGGAGCCACAGGGGAUGCUGUUUGCAGAGGUAACAUUUUUCAACCCUGUCAUUGAGAGACGACCAAAACUGCAACGACAAAAGAAGAUUUUCUCAAAGCAGCAAGGUAAAACAUUUUUGCGAGCCCCUCAGAUGAACAUCAAUAUUGCCACGUGGGGCCGCCUGGUGAGAAGAGCUAUACCCACCGUCAGCACCAACUCAUUCAGCCCACAGGCGGCUGACACUGGACCCAGCAGUCUGCCUGGUUCUCCUACCCCCAGCAGUGACCCUCUGGUGACCAAGCUGGACUUUGACAAAGAGCCAACCCCAGGACCCAAACACUACCCAGCACCUGACGACAUCAGAGAACCUCUGGUGCAGGACCAGCUGCCUAAUAAGGAGGAGGUCCAGGAUGCACUCGCCUCUUUUGACUUCUUGAACAAGAGAAACAGCAUAGCUGUGAAGCCUGACCAGGACCGAGUGGUGGAGCACGAGAUCCAGCAUCCAGACCUGGAGCUCAUCUCUAUCCAGAAAGACUUAGACAUAAGAGAUGAAGAACAGUUUCAUUUCAGUCUCCAGGACUUCAAAUGUGUGGCCGUCCUCGGACGUGGCCACUUUGGAAAGGUGUUGUUAGCAGAAUAUAAAAGCACUGGCGAGAUGUUUGCAAUCAAAGCUCUGAAGAAAGGCGACAUUGUGGCUCGUGACGAGGUGGACAGCCUGAUGUGUGAGAAGAGGAUUUUCGAAACGGUCAACAGCGUUCGCCACCCCUUCCUGGUCAAUCUGUUUGCAUGUUUCCAGACGCAAGAACACGUUUGUUUUGUUAUGGAGUAUGCAGCGGGAGGUGACUUGAUGAUGCACAUUCACGCUGAUGUUUUCUCUGAGCCCAGGGCUGUAUUUUAUGCUGCCUGUGUCGUAUUGGGAUUACAGUUCCUGCAUGAACAUAAGAUUGUGUACAGAGAUUUGAAGCUUGACAACCUGCUACUGGACACAGAGGGUUAUGUGAAGAUCGCUGACUUUGGGCUUUGCAAAGAAGGAAUGGGUUUCAGGGAUCGAACCAGCACAUUUUGCGGCACACCAGAGUUUUUGGCUCCUGAAGUUCUGACUGAAACAUCGUACACCCGUGCUGUGGACUGGUGGGGGCUCGGUGUCCUCAUCUUUGAGAUGCUGGUUGGAGAGUCGCCCUUCCCUGGUGAUGAUGAGGAGGAGGUGUUUGACAGCAUUGUAAAUGAUGAAGUUCGCUACCCACGAUUCCUGUCGACAGAGGCCAUCUCCAUCAUGAGAAGGCUUUUGAGGAGGAGUCCUGAGAGACGACUGGGAGCAGGAGAGAAGGAUGCGGAGGAGGUUAAGAAACAUCUAUUCUUCAGGAACAUGGAUUGGAACGGACUGCUGGCCAAGAAGGUGAAGCCGCCGUUCGUGCCGACAAUUCAGGGUGCCAACGACGUCAGCAACUUUGAUGAUGAAUUUACCUCAGAGGCUCCGAUCUUAACCCCGCCCAGGGAACCCCGAGUGCUGUGCUCCGAGGAGCAGAACAUGUUCUCUGACUUUGACUACAUUGCUGACUGGUGUUAGCUUCACCUGACCCCCCUCUUCUAUACAAACAUACACCGCUCAGACAUAGACGCACUGAGAACCAGCCCACGCAGCAAUGACUUUUCUCUUUCUUUGCCCACAACGUUGAGGAAGAGGAAGAGACAUGGCCACCAAGCCUUUGGCUUAAACUGUGCCAUUGAGAAGAAGAGUUCAGAAGCCUCCUGAGGACCCCCAGUUUAUUUUUUUAACCCACAUGAAGAACUUUUUUAAAGUAACAGAAAACAAAUGAACUCUGUUGUUGGAGAGUGAAGGAGGAGGGAGAUGUUUUAUCCUCCGGCACACGUCGCCGUGUCCAUUGUCUGACCACUGAGAAUGUUUUUCAUAUGAACUCUGAGGAGACGACAUCACAGUCAUGAUAUUCAGCGCCACCGUCGUCACUUUUUUUUGACCUGUACAGAUUAUAUUCAAUCGUGUAUUUUAUUGUCGUGUUUUCUUUAUUUGCAAAGCCCUCGCCACAGCUUUAGGACAUUUUAUCUCACUGUAAAGUUUGACAUUUCUGCCACAAUCAUGUCUCAAACUGGUGUUCAGUGAACAAGAAGUGCUCAAAGCAUUGUCACCGAACGCUCAACUGCAACUAACAUCCUGACUACUAUUGCUGCUGCAUCACUUGAAAUCCAAACAAGAAUCUUUUCACUUCAUUUCUUUUAGUGCCCUGAUCUUAAUCCACAUCCCAUACAAUGAUGGUUCUCUUUAACUUCACUUACUCAACCUAUUAAAUCAAUUACUUUAAUUUUCAAAGAAAGAUGCAUAACUUAAAAAGACACAACCUUUAGUGUAAGAAAUAAAGCAUCUAAUAUUGUUGUCUAUCUGGCGCCCUCUAGUGGCCAAGUAGUACUGAGGUUGAUCUCAGUCUAUACAUAGCUCUGUGACUGGAGCAGUUCAUUCAAACUUGAACAUUAAAUUAAUGGCAUCAGAGGUAAGAUCAGUUGUUUUUUGUUCCUCAGUUAAAAGCCAGUUGUGAUGUAUUUGAAACCAUUUUUCCUGUUACCUCAAAGUUUAAAGUGACACAGUUGAAAGCUACCGAAACCAAAUGCAUCCUGUCCCUCUGUAAGCAGCAGAAAAAUGACUCCUCUUCAUGUUUCUCAAUAAAAGCUUUGACUGAUGGACUGACAGAUGGGGUGAAAAAGAAUCAAUGAGGGCUGAGCAGUUUAUUUGGGAUCAUACUAACUCAGUGAUUGUGCUUCCCACACUGUUAAUGAUCUGUUGAAUUUUCAGUGAAACCAGCUGUUUGCAUGUUUUCCAUAAACUGACUCAAAUAUUGGAGACGUGUUGAGACGAAUCAGUACAGGGGGAGGGCAGGGUAUAUUAUAUAUACAUACUGUAUGUACACAGUUAAGCUGAAAGCACUAAUUUUAUCAAUAGUUUUUAAUUAUCCAUGUUUCUUAAUGAUGAAAAUAGAUUGUACAAAGUUUGUUUUUUUUAUUCUUUGCUUGUGCAUGUUGUCGCCAGAACAAACAUAAUGGAUGGAUGGUACACCAACAUUCAGUCAUAACUGUUGCUGUUCAUCCCAGUGUAGAAAAAGACUUCUGCAGACAUUUGUUGCCCAUCAUGAAUGCACAAAUUAAACAUUUGUAAUAGUG